GUCGCCAAUGCCAAGUAAUAAAUUCUGCCCAGCUGCCUGCACCGGAAGUACUACUUUGGUCCUCGAGACCAAGUGCAGCGGUAUCCAGGCGGCAAGAUGGCUCAUCGGCUGCUAGUACGCAGGAUUUGGACGCUCUCCUCCAAAGAGAUCCGCUGCCUCCCAGCAUCCAUCGCCGCCUCCAAAUCCUUCUCCUCCUCCUUGCAGCCUUUCACAGCCCGGGUCUCCCUCCUCUCCCCCUCGCACACCUGUCCUCACCCCUUCCGCCGUCUGGUCUCUUUCAAUGUGCAGGACAACGAGGAUUUCACAGAGCGAGUCAUCAACAGUCAACUUCCUGUGCUGAUUGACUUCCAUGCACAGUGGUGCGGUCCUUGUAAGAUCCUUGGGCCGAGGUUGGAGAAGGCUGUUGCAAAACAAAAAGGCCGCGUUGCCAUGGCAAAAGUAGACAUUGACGAUCACACAGACCUGGCUAUUGAAUAUGGGGUGUCUGCUGUUCCAACAGUCAUCGCCAUGAGAGGAGGCGAUGUGGUCGACCAAUUUGUGGGGAUCAAAAACGAUGAUGAACUGGAGUCUUUUGUCAGCAAGAUCAUUGGACAAUAAUUCAGGGUUGGGAUGUCAGUGUUUCGGUGGUGCAGGCGACACAUUUUGAGUCUGUCAGCGGCCAAGCUGUGACCUUGCUCACACUCGUCCUUAGACUCACUGCUUUGACUGUAGCGUCUCAUUUUGUCUGUCUUAGUUUAGAAAAUAUGUGUGCCUCUUUCAAAGCUGGGCACUUCUGUUAAGCACUUGUCUUCUUGACCCAACUGCAGAAGUGGAAAUACCAGCACAGUACUCUUCUUAUUGUGCAUUGUGAGGCUCUGUAGUUUUAACGGUGAAGGGUUUAUUUAUGGAUCUAAACCUCACUGAAGGCGGUUGUGACUGUCAACUGUAGUUUUGGUUUUCAUCCACACGAUGGCGGUGUUUGUCUAACAUGACCAAUCCACACAGACUGGUUUUCUGCCAAUAUGCCUAAUAAUGUUAGGCCUGUCAAGCUUCAAAGUCAGGAAUUGCAAAUAAUUGGAUUUCCUUAUAUCACUGUAAAAAAAAUGUUCUGGAAUCAUGGCCACGUGACGCAAUAAAGAAAUCAAAAUGUGA